AACAAGUUUUUUUCGCGCGGGAACCUUAAAACGGAAAGGCGCCUUUUGUUGAAAAUUAUUUUAAUUUUCUUUAAAUUAUCUUAAUUGCUAAAAGUUUACGACUUACUACUAUUUUUUUAAUGGGUAGUGUAAAAUCUAAGAAGCGGAAACGUAAACCGGGUGAAGAUGCAGACAAUCCAGGUGAUGAUGACGCCGCGUCCUCCUCCAGCUCGUCAUCUUCGAAACAUCAUUCUACGUUCGAUGACAUAGACCAAGAAUCUGCGUCUAAGUAUAAACCUUUUUUACUACCAAAUUACGUUCGGUCAUAUUCUGAAAAUGCAGGCGAUGCUGAGUUCAUAGUUUUCAUAUCGAGCACUGAUGAUACAAAACCAAUAGGCAAUAGAAAUUUAAUGUCUCUAUCGAAUAUAUUCCAAAGAAAUAUAAAGGGUAUUAAACAAUUUAAAAGAAUAAAUAUAAAUUUGGGAUUAUUUUUGAUAAACUGGCCAUGGCUAAUGCAGCACUUCAAAAUAAAGAUUUUUUCAAGCAACAUAGAUUACAGGCGACCAUAACAGCGUCAGCAUCUGAACAAAUUGGUGUUAUAACGAGUGUAUCUACUGAUUACAGCAAUCUUAAACUAUACAAACAUCUUACUUGUUAAAAAAAUAUAUAUAUAUUUAUUCGCAGAUUUAUGCGUAAAUGGUGACGACGGUAUCGUGGCGCUGUUGCCAACCCAGAUAAUUUCAAUAACGUUCGCGUCUACUAGUUUACCAGAAUCGUAGAGUUAAAUUCAUCAUUCUCUUUCCAGUCAGGA